AUGCAGCCGAAGAUCAGCCGCAAGAUGCAAACGUCACUCAACGACGAUUGGCCGAAGUGCUACGGGCAUACAACCACGCAGGCGGAGCCAAUUAUAUCGGCAUCUGGGAGCUCCGGAACAGAUUUGCAACCGUUGUUCCGUACACUGACCCCUAUUUCAUACCGAGGUUUUCAGAAUUCGCCCUCUCAGCCCGUGAGCUGGACCAGCAGAACGGGAGGCCUUCCUUCCAACUCGGCGGAUUCAUUCCUGAUCCCGCACUUACAGUCGAGCAGACGCCACCGGUCGUGUUACACCCAGACGCCUUCAGGAACUUCAGGCCUCAACAACCCCCGCAACCACAACAGCCCCAACCGCCCCAGCACAGGGACCAAGCCAGCCGGACAGAGAGCGUUCGGGGCUACGGGCCUUGCAGCUCUUAAUGCGAGAAGGCAGGUACAACAAGCGGAACAUCAUUCUAACCCUGCCCCAGACCCACUCGGACUCGACGCCGACGAGCUGCCAAACCCGCCCAAACGGAACGCUGACGAUGCUUCCAAGAAGAAACGAAGGAAGAAGCGCAGCAGACAAUCGUCAAGAUACAAGCGACGAAGCAAGAAGAGCGAUUCCUCAUCCUCUAGUUCAAGCGAUUCAUCCUCGUCUUCGUCUGACAGCUCAAGCGACGCAGAUGAAGUGGCAGAAAAGUUUCCUUUCACAGAAGGUAAGAACCGGAUCGCCGGACCGUUACCUACCGCCGCCCAGCAAAUUGUCGACGGCGUGGCCAGGUACAAGAAAGCAGGCUGGACCGUGUCAGUCGACCGUUUCAACCUCGAACCCGGGAGGCCACUCGGUUUCCCUUUCUCCCUGGUACCAGCACUCCUUCGAGGCCAUUACAUCUGCCCAACCAAGGUACUCUGGCCGGACGAAUACAACGCCAAGAAGUCGCCCAAACCCACAGACACCUUCACCACCAUCCGCCAUUUCUUCACCGCCAAACGGGACUGGAGGAAAGUCAUUGCACUUAUUGGCAAAGCAAUUGUCUUUGCUUUCCCGUGCGCUGAAGACAACAUGCGCGAUUACCUCGAACACAUCUACGAUAUGCUCGCCCUAUUUGCAGAAGAGCACGGGGACUGGUCAAAGAUCGUCGAUUACGACGCACGACUACGCAUUGCCUUCGCCACCAGACCAGCACUAUCCUUCGGCGACUUCGACAGCCCAGUCCUCCUCGCAGUCAGGCAGAUCGCCACAGCCUCGGGAGCCGCACACCAACGUGCCACUCCCCUCCCCCAGAACACCUCCUAUCUACCCCCCAAUCCGCCGUUGCAUCAACGCAACCCCCUCUCAGGUGCACCAAGCACGAGACCCCAUAGGGAUUCUACCCACGCGUCAAAGCGGAAAGCUACCACGGCUCCUACGCCAAGGCCUCUAUGGCACGGCAAUAUUAAGCCGAAGCACAGAACUGACAAGCCCCGACGCUUCUCUCCCUUUCAUCACUCCAAGUUCCUAAAGACGCCCCACCAAAUCUACAGAUAUGCGGGAAUUGGAAUGUUGGGCUAUGCAGCAACCCCUGCCGAAACGGGCGCAUCCACAACGUGUGUGAUGUCGUCGGAUGCAACGCAUCCCACACCAGGAAGCAGCACUACGGCUCGUCCUAAAGCCUGCGUCGAACCUGUAAAGCAGUACGUGCUCAAAGAGGUCAACAAAAGCCUGACAAACCAAGAAGCGGCAAACAAUGCAGUGCGUAAGUUCAGGCGCGGUCUAGAGUGGGAUUGGUCUUCCACAGCAGGCUUCUCAAACGCGCUAGAUUCGAGCCUCCACGCCUUACCCCUACCUAAACCACCCGACAUCAAGGCUGAUCCGUGUGCCGAGUACGCCAUCAAACAAUACCCAGACGUCUUCAAGAUAGUUUGCCCGGUGGACGUACCCCUAUUCUCCCACCUCCUGAAAGACCACCCAAACCGACCUUUCGUGGACUCCGUUCUACACGGACUAUCUUACGGUUUCUGGCCAUUCGCCAGCUUACCGUCGCCAGAGGUAGUCAACCAUCCCAACCACAGGAUCUGCAGUGAACAUCCCCAAGCUCUCGAGAAGUCUAGAGACAAAGAACUCGGAGGACACCGUCGCCUCCUUUCUACCACCUUCUACCAGGGAUGA